AAGCGGGAGUCAACUAAGCCAACUAAGCUCCGAGUCCGAGCUGACCUAGACGUAACCAGACCCCAGACCGAGCAACGAGCUACCACAUCUUUGUAUUUUAUGCUACAGCGUGUACAGCAAAUCGUAUUUUUCUAUCCAAGAGAAGCCACAGCCACAAUCCACUUUGUUAAUUUGUUUAUUUAUUUCGCAUUCGUCAUUUCCGCCGUGCGCACCAUCUUUCUGUGGUGUCCGUGUUGCCCUGUCCACAGGCCACAGAUCUGCGUUCCUCUCGGGCUAGCGGUCCUAUCUAUCUCCUGGCAGUGACCGCGACAAUUAAUUUAUUGCUUAUCCGUACAAAUCUUGACGCAAUAGCUAAUCCGCUGCACACUCCCCUCGUUGAAAUAUUUGCGGUUCUACCAGAGCAACGACAGCGAGAAAAUCCUGCAAGUUGUGUUUGUCCGAUAUGCUCCGACCACCCAAGAAAAACUCAGAAUGAGGAUCGUCCUGCGGGGAUCCGGCAAGAGGAUGGCCCGUUAGUUGCUGUCGGGGCCAGACAUGCACACUAUGCCGCUGGAGCGCACGUUGACGCGGCGGCCACAGCGCUGGAGGCUCAAGGAGCGCGAGCGCAACCUUCCUGCAGCCAUCCUGAGCAUCGUCGUGAUUGCUACGCUAUCCACGGCCCUGGUGCACCCACGUUGGUUUUACCUCCAGGGGGGAGGCUGUGGCCACAAAUACCUUGGUGUGCAGCAGUUCUUCUAUGUGGGCUACUUUGAGACGUCCCCGCGGCUGUUUGUCAAUGGACUGUCUCGACCACCCUCCUUUGUAUACUACGGAUUGAAUGAAGAGAUGAAGGACUGUGUCACCCCAACCAUUGUGAGCCUCCAGAGGGUCCUUAUAGUGUUAUGUUUCCUGGCAAUCCUAAGUAGCUUGCUCCAGUUCUUCAUGGACGCCUUGGGAGUCAUGUAUAAAUGGCUGAGAGUGAUCCGUCGCAAUGCUUUCUGCAGUGUUCUGACCGUGGUCCUGUGCCUCGGGGUUGUGGGGACGUGCUACUGUGUGGCAACACUGAUGGAAGAACAGCAGGAGGCCACCAAGCCGAGUCGUGCUUCCCGGGUCCAGGUGCGCUUCAGUGUGAGCUACCACCUGGUGGCAGCUGCAGGAGCAGUUGCCGUCUUGGCUGCGGGCGCUAACUUGCUUCGGCGCUCUACACCGAGCACACUAGCGGGAGAUUCGGCCAUGGACAGUCUGCUGCUGGAUGACGACGCUCGCGAGACGCUGGCGGUAGGCAUCUCCCACUCGGAGAUAUGGCCCUACCGACAGGACUUGACAUGCAUGCACAGCCUGCCACCGUUGCCACCUUAUUCGCCCUGAAGGACAGCCCGUUAGGCAUAUAAUUAGCUCUUGUAUGUCCACGUGGCAAUGGCCAACGCACCCAACUUCCCAUCAAGCAGAUAGAGUUCAUCAUUGCGUUCUGUUGUCAUCUGCCCGGCCACACGCUAAAGACAGCUUAUGCCGAUACGAAUGGCCUUAAAGUUGUAAAUUACUGAAGAGUGAUAAACUGGGUCGCCGCUCAGAGCUCGUCGGAGUUCCCCAGGAACCCAGGUGCAAAAAAUUGAACGGCUUUUCCCAGUACGGCUUUUUGCAUGUUUGUUGUUGUACAAACAAGUUGUGAAAAUGUGUAUACUAUUGAGGACUGCUUGUAGCAGUGUACCCCUAUUAAUUCAUAUUUCUGGAACUGUAUAGUUUUUGUGUGUAGACUUUGUUGGAGUGUUGCAUUUGUGAGCUACUACUGCACAUAGGUUGGAGCCACUAGCGAACAGUAAGUUGUCAGUUGAAUGAACUUGAGCUUCUUGGAAGGACUAAGAGUUGUUCACUGGAGACAUUUUACCAUAAUAAAAUGUCUCAAGAAUUAAAAAAAAAAAAAAGAUUUUAUAGUAAAUUUGAAGUGUUCACUAAUAUGUAUAUGGUUCACUCAAGUUGUAUGCUAAUGCAGUAGUAAACUGGAAUGGGAGUCACUUAUUGCACCAUUGUUUUGUACAGGCCACAAGGUGCCUUUAAAGUCUUCUCCCAUUUAAUAAUUUAAACAAGGUGCCUAGAACUUGAGUGUAUCAACGGAGAACAAGUCAUUUUAAUGCAUACCACUUUUUUUUUUUUACUAGGGGAGAAUUGAACAUGUGUGUACUGCAUUUUAAACUGCUGUGAUUUUUUUUUUCUUACAGAUAUGUGCAUUUAACAUACUUGACUCAUCAGUAACAAAUUUAGCUUUGUCGCUUACAAAGAAUUCUAAUGACUGCUGUGCUUUUGUCGCAUUUUGGAAAACACUAGGAGGAAUUCACAUGUCAUUUUGCCAUAUUUAUGGGCACUGAGGCAUUUGGCAUCUGGAAAAAGAUCAUUUAGUGUGAAGGGAAAUACUAUUGAAGGGAAUGCCCACAAUUUUAAAGCGGUGCCAGUGCAUACCUCCUAUGGUUUACAUAAGUUGGGAUUAUUUACAUAGUAUCACACACUAAUUCAGCACACCUCUUUUUUUGUUAUUGUGCUUGUAGAAUAGCCAUCGUGUUUUAUCUGAACAUGUGGUUGAUCUUGCUCACCUUACUUAUGCUGUGGUUCACUUUAGUGUUCCACGCAGUAUGACACAAUCUCUCCAAACUUAGUGAAGCCACAUUAUUUCCCAUGUUUCUGGGAGAAGCACCACUCCUGAAGAUAUGUGACCAUGUGACAGUGCACACAAAAGCUUCAGCACAGGGAGUAGGUCAGAUGUUUUCAGCAGGCAGCAAAUUGUAGAGUGCAAUUUUGCAACAAACGAUGGAAGCAGGUAAAGCAUUUUCAGCCUUUUUUUUUUUGCAUUGUCGUUAUUGGUUUAUUGGCAAGCAGUUUAUGGCAUUAAAAUGAGCAGAAAAUGCAAUGUGCAA